AUGUGUCCGUCGCGGCGGGCGAUCGCUAUGUGGUCCAAACAACCGCCUCCCGAACUGGACACGUUCCGCGGCCGUACGACUUCUUUGACCCACACGUGUUAUAGAGGAUCCUAUGGUUCGGGUCACAUAGCGAGGAUGGUUCGCGAGCCUCCCGAGUAUGGAGUCCGUGUAGAUCCAACCUCGAUUCGUCCUCCCGGCCUCCUAGUCCGCGAUGAGCCUCAGUAUCAAAAUCUGGACGAACUCCGCAAGAAUCCGGAAUACGCUAAUCUAGAUGAGAUCAGUCGCGAGUACGGUUAUCGUUUGUGUCCCGAAGGUCAGAAUCUCGAGGACGAGGCUAUAUACGAGAACAUAUUAUCCGUGCGUCAGAUAAGUUCCGCGGAAGUACGUCUAGUGCCUGUGUCUGAAGUGCCGUAUUACGAGGAUCAAGGUUACGUUGCCACCCAAGUCUUGAGCAGAAACGGAACCUUCCCUCAAUGCCCUCCUCAUACAUGGAGUCGACUCCAACAAGCCGGCAGGAUGACCGGCUCAUUGCGACUGUUCACUGCGAAACGGGAAAUGUACGAUGUCAAAAAACAGAGACUAUGUCUGGCACAAGAUGAAUACAAGCAUCUCAACAACGCGUUGUCCACACUCGGAGCGUCCAGGACUAGCUUGUGUUCAUCAACUACAUCGGUUACUACAACAUCGACGACCUCUCGCCAUGACCCAGACCAGCUUCGCGUUGAGGUCACUCAAGCUAGGGGUCGGCUGGCUCAGCUGAGGAAAGAAUUGAGACAGGCAAGGGCAGAAGUAGCCAGUGCGAGACGUGGUUUUGAUACGUUGGCUGAGGUAGAGCAAAAACUUAGCGCUCAACAAGGUUGUUACAAUAUAACAGAAGCUCAAGCUAUUAUGACUGAACUAAAGAAUAUACAGAAAUCUCUCACUUCUGGUGAGAAGGAGAGAGCAGAUCUUAUGCAAUCUUUAGCAAAGCUAAAGGAUGAUUUAACGAGGCUGCAAUUAGGUGACGCUUCCCCGGAACUGUCCACUUUAAGUUUACCGCAGGAGAAGUUAAGCACGGCUUCCCAAACGGAUCUUUGUGCUGAUUUAGUACCUAUAGGCACUAGACUAGCUGAAAUGGCGCGGGUUCGCCUACAAUAUGAUGAGGCUAGGAAAAGAAUUCAACAAAUUCAGCAACAGCUUGCUGAUCUGGAGGACAAAGUCCAACCGGGUCAGGCGGAAUCAGAUAAAGAUAGACUCCUACUGUUCCAAGAAAAGGAGCAAUUACUUCGAGAGUUAAGGAGUAUCACACCAAGAACGAGGUCGAAACAGGAGAUGAGCGAUAUACAAACUGAAUGCAAGAAAUUGGAGCAAGAUCUGAAGAACGCUUUCGAAAUGUCCAACAAGUGUAUAGCUGAUAGGUUAAGGCUGCACGAAGAGAAACAGCUAUUGUUGCAGCAGCUUAAAGACGCUUUAACUUCUAUGACGGCGUUGGAAGGACAGUUGAAGACUUUAUCAGCUUCUACGCUAUCAGUGUCGAGCAGUUCCAGCUUGGGAUCGCUGUCAACAGCUAGCAGUAAAGGCUCAUUAAGUUCCGGGAUAAGCUUCACGGAUAUUUACGGUGGACCACAAAUAGCUACGUCCUUCCAAGCGGACAAACCAAUUGAUAUGGUUGAUCUUCAUAGGCGAGUUGAAAGGUUACUCCGGGGUUCGUACCCUGAACCUCUCACCAGCUCGCCGUCACAGCCGUCCUUAUCACCACGGAGCAGUCUCUCCUCAGCGUCACCACCACCGCCGCCAUCUUAUCACCAGGUGGAAAGACAAAGGCGACAGCAGAAAGAAUUGGAGGAAAAACUAGCUGAGAUGAGAAUUGGCGUCGCUACAAGCAUUAAUGAAGUUACGGGACUCUCAACGAUUCCAGUACAACUGCAGGGCCCGGGCCGACCAGCGGAGCCUCUGUCUCCUAUAUCUGAAACGCCACCAACCGCUUCCUCUAGUGGUACAAACACUAGAUCGGUAUCAGCGGCUGUGAGUGAUGAAUCCGUUGCAGGAGAUUCGGGGGUAUUUGAAGCGGCGCAAGCCGGCGAGGCUGGCUGCGUGAACAGUGCUCAAAUUGAGAUCAAAUUGCGUUACUGUUCAGACGAGGGCGCAUUAGAGAUAGGAAUUCUACGGGCGAGGAAUCUGCACGCGUUGUACAUAGACGUGGGGACUGAAGUAUGUAUCCGCGGAGCCCUAGUAGUGGGUGGUGGGGGUUCCGUAUCAUUUACAAGUCGUCCGUUAGUAUGGGCGGGCUCUACGCUGCUCUUUCGUUGGCAGCAACGGGCAGCAUUGCAGCAAAGAGCGCUGCAAGGAGGCACGCUGCAAGUUAAUGUUGCUGCUGGCGCUGAGUGUCUGGGUUGUACACAAGUCAGUUUAGCUGAUUUCGACCCAGACAGCGUGUCACAGAAGUGGUACAACGUGCUCAGCUUCAGAAGCAUAAGGAGAGAUGAGAGCUCAGAUGAAUCUACUGUCAUAUCAUCCCAAACCUCUACACUAACUAGGAACAGAGGUCCGGAAAGUAUGGCCGCUGCUGAAUGUAACGCUGACUGCUGUGAUAACUCAGCAUCUGAAGACGAAGAAUCUAGGGAACCACUCAAUCAGAUAGUUGAGGAAGAUUCCUUUGAGGACUACAUUCCUGAAGAGGACAUACAUUUGGAGGACGAAUACCUCCCGUCCACGGCGGAAAAGGAAACUAACACAGAAUGCAACUUCUGUCCGGAGGGAGCGAGACAGCUGCACAGACGAUACAAAUAUCGUCGCGCCGCCGACGGCUCAACCGGCCGUGUGGACUUAGUAUUAAAAAGUCAACAAGUAAGCUCAAACACAGAAGAGUCGCUGGCGACUAUAAAACGAUCUCAGACGUUCUCACCGCAACAGGGUGUUGGGAAGGGACAGUAUUUAUGCAGACUCAAUCGUUCUGAAUCCGAUUCGUCGAUGUCUGCUCACCGCCGCUUGACGUUACGACCGCCCUCUCUCGGGAUACCGUUUGAUAGGAGCGUUAGGGAGAGAAGAUCUUUAAGAUGGUCCAAAUCCGCCGGUCGUCCGUCACGUCGCGCGGGUCGCACGUCACUAGACCUCAGCUUGGACCUUCGAGCGCAACACGAGAGACUCACGGACCUUAGGAACGAGAUCGCUCAUCUGACUACACUCAAGAAGAGAUUGGAAGAGGCUUGCGCUCGAAACGACCCCGCUGUAGCUACAUGGGUGACCGAGGACGAAACUCUACAAAAGCUGUUAUCAGCGCCCGCUGAUAAGGACCGGGUGUCGAGACUCUUCACCAGGACAUGCAAAGAGGUGUUCAGGUUACGGAAGUCGAGGCAGGGCGGCCGGAAACCGGAUCUAGUUACAUUCAAAGAAAAAAUGGCGUUUUUCACUCGCAGUAAAACAAUAACUAUAGCUGAUGACGAAGAAUUAUCUGAUGAUUGGGAGGAACUUGAAAGACGGACCCCAGAUGGAAGGUCUGCUAAGAUUUCGUAUGAGAGAGGUCUAGUGGAAUGUAAGAAUCCUUGCCUCAACGAAAAUAACGGCAUCACUAUAGAAGACUACGAAAUAAAGACUACGAAUAAUGAAGAAUAUAAGAAUAAUGAAGACUACGAAUACGUAGACAGAGUAUUAGGAGUUCAAGUGUGA